AUGACAGAGAUAAAGACAGCCAGGCUUAUUUUCAUCAGUUUUUCACUGUUUCACGGUUUUGCUGCAGCAUUGAACUGCACCAGCCCAACUCCCAAAUCCUUGUUUGCUGCGCUUGAGAAAGAACUAUUUCCUCGAAAUCUGAUGCGACCUGUAAAAAGCUUUUCAGAUCCAUUGAACAUAUCCAUUAGUAUGACUGUAGUGGGAAUAUUAGGAGUGGAUGAAAAAGACCAGUCCUUGACAAUGUUUAUAUGGCAGGUCCUGGAGUGGAAUAUAGAGGGACUGAGCUGGGAUGAGAGGGAAUGUGGAGCUAAACGUGUGUCUAUCCCUCGAGAAAACCUUUGGAUCCCAGAUGUCCAGAUCUCAGAGUUCAUAGACGAGGACAAAUCUCCCUACACUCCCUAUGUCUACCUGUAUAACACAGGUCGUGUAUACGAUGAUAAACCGAUCAGAGUGACCAGCAGCUGCAAAUUAGUAAUCUACACUUUCCCCUUCGACGUCCAAAACUGCUCAUUGACCUUUGUAUCAUAUUUACAUCUUGCUGGAGAUAUAAGAAUGAUUCAAAGCACUACAGCUGCAAAGAUUCUGGAGUACUCCAGACAAGUGAUGCAGGUUCAAGGGGAGUGGAGUCUCGUAGAUAUUCAAGAAGCUCCAACUACCCUUGAGAUAACUGAAGGAAGCUACUCUAUGAUUAAAUUCUAUAUCAUUUUGAAACGAAGACCACUCCUCUAUGUGGUGAACCUGCUGAUACCUAGCUGCUUCCUCAUCAUCGUGGACCUCUUCAGCUUCCUGCUGCCUCCUGAAAGUGUGGACCGGUCCUCCUUCAAAAUGACCCUCAUCCUGGGCUACACCGUUUUCCUGCUCAUCAUGAACGACUUGCUACCUGUCACUGGAAGUCCAACACCUCUCAUAAGUGUUUUCUUCUCGGUCAGUCUCGCUCUGAUGGUGGCCAGCCUGUUGGAGACGGUGUUUAUCACUAACAUCCAGUUCAGCUCCAGCCAGUAUAGUGCAGCGCCUAAAUGGCUCACUGUCCUUGUGUUACGGUAUCUUGCUGUUGUUGUUUGUCUCCCUCCAAAAAAGAAGAGCAACCGCGUCACAGUUUCCCUCCAACCAGCUUCUAGAGCGAUGAAUAGCACCAUCAUCUCUUCAAGAGGUCUUCAGAGUAUCUCUGGUGAUACACCUCAGGAGAAACCCCCUCCAGAGCCGGCCCUGGAUGAGCUGAGGAUACUGAGCAGAGAUCUCACAGCAAUCCGUCUCCAGAUGGACAAACACUUCCAGGGAAACAGUACCUCACAGGAAUGGCAAAUGAUCGGGAUAGUCAUUGACCGUAUGUUGUUUUGCUUGUACAUUCUCUUUAUCUCUGCCAGCUUUAUCACCAUCAUCUGGAUCUGGAUUGACUCAAACAUAGGUUGA